CGACGUGUCAAUUGACUGCAGCAUUGCCAUGUUGUCGAGAGCGUUCCGCCGGAUGGCGGGGACGACACCCAAGUUCACGAGAGGGAAGUACUCGAUCCGUGUGUCCAAGGAAAAGGACGUGAGCUUUGCGACUGCCCAUGUCGACGACAAGUUUCACCAUUUCAUUUUGAACGGGUGUUGGGGACUCACAGCGUUCGCGACAACCACGGCUUUCUAUCAGUUCGUGACCAACUUGCACACAGUCCCGAUCACGGGACGGACGCAGGUCGUGGUGUUUUCUCGCGAAGACGACACGGUGCGACAACACCUCCACGAUACUCUUCGCACAAGUCAUCGUCCGUGCAGGCAAUGGGGAAUCAACAUGCACAGGAAGCCCUCGCCGGAAAAACCCUUGUGAACAGCGGCCCGCGCUUCAAGAUGGUUAAGGACGUCGCCUCCCGACUCGUCGCGGUGGCAGAUAAGAUCUUCGAGCCUGGGUUUCAGUGGCAAAUCUACCUCGUGCAGGACCCUCAGAUCAACGCGUGCUGUUUUAUGGGAGGCAAAAUGUUCGUGUACACGGGCCUGCUCGACUUCAUCGACGCCAUGGUAGAGCAAGGAAUUUGCUCCAACAAGUACAAUGCCCUUGCGACCGUGCUUGGACACGAGAUUGCCCAUGCCCUCGCGAGACACACAGCGGAAACGUUGAGCUACCUACCCCUCCUCCUCGGGUUGUCCGUUUUGACCGUGGACAGCGAGUUGAUUGCGUCGAUCUUUACUUUCUUUUGCCAACUACCGUUCAGUCGACUACAUGAAUCCGAAGCCGAUCACAUUGGCCUCAUGCUCAUGGCUGCGGCGUGCUACGAUCCGUCCGAAGCGCCCAAAUUUUGGGAAGGCAUGAAACUCGUCAACGAAAACGGUUAUGACUGGUUCUCGACCCAUCCCGCCGACGAAAAGCGCCAAAAACACCUCCAAGAGCUGACGGCGGACGCAAUUUCGUACCAAGAGAAGGCGUCGUGGUGCGUCGACAUGCAGACCAAGGUGACGCAGCUCAUCUACAAACGCAUCACGCGACGUCGCGCGACGGCUGGCACGACUCACUCGGCCGAAAUGGCAGCCAUGUGGGACGGCAUGCAAGCAGCAGCGAAACCACCGCAGUGAAUCAAGCAUUUCUAAAGAAUUCGUAGCAUGCAUCAUCGCUUGAGCAGUUUGCGGAUCCGUUGGUGAAACAUGAAAAAAGCGUCAUGGCGAUUCAGGGCCAGGCGACUACCUGGCAGCCCAUAUAAAGUAUACUAGUGCGAAUGCCGUGUAUACAAGCACAACGUCCAGGAAGCUCGGCGUAAGACUGACAAGACAUGCAUUACCAAA